AUGGCAAAGAGUUUAAAGAAAAAUGAACAAUGGACAAGUACCACACAUAGGAUAGUGUUGACAACUGCUGACAGCACAUAUGACGAUGCAACAAAGUUCGACUUACAAGUAUACGUAACAGACACUACCGGCCAUGACAAACGAAGAUCAGUCAGAUCAGAGACUAUAGGAGCCAUUCAUGUUAGAGUAACAGACAAUUACAGACAUCGGAACAAAAGAUGUUACUCACACGUUGAUCCACAUAUGAGAACAGUAGACGGAUUGAAUUAUGAAGCUCAGAAGGAAGGAAAUUAUACAUUAUACAGGAAUAUGAAAUACCAAAUAGAGGUUCAACAGUCAGCUCAGUAUUGUUCCCCUGGAUCAAACAGCGGACCUGUAUGUGCAUGUGGAAUAGCAAUAGCUGUUGGAGCUGAUACUUUCAUCUUUAAUAAAUGUUAUAACACCAUUUUCAAGUUCGACUUAAAGUGCAAUGAAGGUGGCCUUAUUGAUAUCGACGAAAUCCAUUCCCAUCGUUAUAAGGUCAGAACGCCAAUAGGUACCAUUAUCGACAUAGCAUUUCAUGGAUGGAGUAACACAAUGAACAUUGAUAUAUACAUGUCUGCUAAAGAUUACGGCAAUAUUGAUGGCUUAUGCGGAACAUUUGAUGGCAACAGAAGUAACGAUUUUCUUCACAGAGACAACAAAACCAUUUCAAAUGACAAUAAUCGGAGCUAUCGCUUCGCAGAUAGUUGGAGAUUGUCGGACGAAGAAAACUUGUUUAAAAAUGAUGCACGCUUGCUGACACCGUGGAACACACACAUGAACGGGAAAGCAAACCAGCCUUGUAACAGACCAAAUUCUAUAACAAAGAGGAAAUGUAAGAUUAAUCGUAGAAAAAGACGAGCAACUCAAAUUUCCGUACAACACAAACUUAGGAGCCGAACGUCUGUAUCCCGAGAAAGAAGGAGCACAGACAGUUUCACAGAAGAAGAAGCAUUUGCACUGUGUAACAGCUCCAUUUACAAUACUCCAGCAGUUAUGGAGUUUCCAGACUACCUUGCUGAAGAAGACCCAGACAUAAUUGUUGAACAGUGUGUUUAUGAUUUGACUCAUGGGAACGACACGGGCUGGGUAGAUGCACAUGUCACUAAUGUAAACAAUGUUGCAGAUACUGUUCUAAACCUCAAUCCUGUAUUUGUUGCAAAUAAUACAGACAAGGUUAACACCUUUCGUUUGCAAAUUUGUUUGAACAAUUGUAGUGGAAAUGGUGAAUGCCUUGAGACAGGAGUGUGUGAAUGCCAUGGAACAUUCUGUGGACCAGAUUGUAGUGAUGACAUAAGAAUACCUCCUGUAGUGUAUGGUAUAGAAGGAAACGGAAUCUGUGAAAUCACAGAAGAGGAUGACUGUACUUGCUUCGAAAUCAGAUCUGACAACAUGUUUGAUGGUUUUAUGUGUGACAUAAGUAAACAUAGGGUAUAUCUCAAUGGUACUCGAGUUAAGAUGGAACAAUCUAUUCAUACUGGUUACUAUGAGGAUAUUUUCACUGGCGAAUGUUGCGCAACUGACAGUAGAAAAAGGCGAUCUGAAGGAAUCAACGAUGAUGGUCCCUUUGUUAUCUCGUAUGACAUUUCUGUCAGCAAUGAUGGUGUGGCCUAUGGUGAAAUCAACACCGUCCUUGUCUAUGAUACUACAUGCUUGACAAAGAAUACAAGUCAAGGGAAUAUCAUGAUAGAAUUGAGGGUGAUGUUUUUGUUUCUAUGUUUUUAGAUAUAUUGAGAAUUGUGUUUUAUCUUGUCAGUAUUCAAGAGAUCCUCAUUUCAGUAAAAACAAGCCUAAUUAUUUUAUAGUCAACAAAAUCUUAAUUUGAAAUCAACAAUAUAUUUUGCCUUUGUCAUGUCAGUUUAUACUAUCCAUAACUUACUUAACCUCUGCGUGUUAGACCAUAUGAGCAUCAAAUAUAAAGCAGUUUAAUAAUGAUUGCACUUACACUUGAGCAAACACUACAGAUUCUAGUCUGCAGUACUUUACUGUUUCAAUAGCUUCAACUUGACGUUUUCUUGUGGUAAAAUUUUAUUUUAUUUCUCCAAUAGGAUGGCUAUUGCUUUAUCGACGGAAUGUGUGUAGUACGGUACAUUUUGUCACCGGUUGCUUGUUUACUUUGUGACCCGGAUUCAAACCUUUACAGAUGGACGACUGGUACCUGUGUAGAGGGAGAUUCACAAAUGACUAUAGGAAUGAUUAUAGGAAUCACUAUUGGAUGUGCUGUUCUUGUUGUUGCCUCAGUUCUUCUUUGUUACUUCGUGUGUUGCAAAGGGUCAUAUAAGAAACGGCAAGUUCAAGACUCCAACGUAUGUCUUCGAACGAAAGUAUCAAGCAUACGAUAUCUUCCCGAACCCGGGAAUACAUCGUUUAUGUAUAACAAACACAAACUGUGAGUUAAAAAAAUAUGAACAGAUGCUGUGAAGAAUUGAACAGUUGGAGAUUUUAAACAGGUGGAUAUUUUAAUGUGUCGUCGUUGUUUGUUGAUUAUAUAUCAUAACAGUUAAUCUCAUUUUUAAAUGUUCUCUAUGAUAAAGUUCUUCCGAUCCUACAAAUAACAGAUGAAAAUUGAAAGGUCUUGUCAUGGCAAAAUAAAAAUCCUGAGCAAUUAAUUAAAACAUUGAUAUAGCUCUUAGUUUAUGUCUUAGAAUAACAAGUUUUCUGAAAUUGCAAAAGCAAAAGCAAACUAAACGUGCAUUUUUAUAAAAUAAAAUUAAUAUAGAAAAACAGAACAUAUUAUCUUUGAAACAUAGUUAUAAAAACAACAAUUUAGUUUUUAUCAUGCACGGACAA